AUGGAAUCUUCAUUGCUGCUCCUGCCCUAUCACGCGGCAUACAAAAUACAUAGUUUGAAGUGUGUUCAGACAGAACCCCUUCAGAUACCCCAUGAGUGGUAUCAGUCAGGUGAACUACUCAUUGGUGCGGUUGUAACUCAUAUUGGUGGUAAUUCCCCCAAAAUUUCCUUUGAGAAACACCCUUCUCAGGAAUCUAUUAACUUGCUAUAUUUUGUCCCCAAGUUCUACCAGCACAUCCUGGCCUUGGUGUUUGCUGUCUAUGAGAUUAAUAAUAAUCCCAAAAUCUUGCCAAAUCUCACGUUGGGGUUCCACAUCCUUGACAACUACUCUAAAGCAAAGAUGGCUUAUCGUGCUACACUGGACCUACUUUUCAAAUCACAUAGGUUUGUUCCCAACUAUCAAUGUGGCUCCAAGAAAAAACUAAUAGGAGUUACCGGGGGACUUGAUUUGGAUACUUCCACACACAUGGCAGACGUCUUGGGUCUUUACAAGAUUCCACAGAUUUCAUAUGGAUCAUUUGAAUCAACAACAAAUUACAAAACCUAUUUCCCUUCCUUUUACCGCAUGGUGCCCAAUGAAGCCCUUCAGUAUGUGGGAAUUGUUCAGUUGCUUCUGCAUUUCAGAUGGAAAUGGGUUGGGCUCAUCACUACAGAUGGCCAAGCUGGGGAACGUUUCUUGCAGGUGUUGGAGCCGAUGCUUUCUAAGAAUGGGAUCUGUUCAGCCUUCACAGAAAGAGCCCCAACAAAAAUCCAUGCAGACAAAGCAACUGAAAUCCUUCAAAACUUUUACACGAAUAGUUCAAGUUUCCUAGAAAGUGAAGGCAAUGCAAUUAUUGUACAUGGAGAAACAUCCAAUGUUAUAUGGGUGGCAACCGCUAUAUGGGUAAGAUCUCUAGCUGAUUUGGGGUAUACAGAGAGAAGCUCUGCAGGAAAAGUGUGGAUAACAACUGCCCAAAUUGACUUUGCCUUCACAAGCGCUCAAACAUCCUGGGACAUAGAAAUGUUUCAUGGUGCUCUUUCCUUCACAAUUCACUCCAGUGAGUUAACAGGUUUCCAAACGUUUCUUCAGACUGUAAAACCUCCAUGGACAAAUGAGGAUGGUUUUUUCAAGAACUUCUGGGAAGAAGAAUUUGAUUGUUCUUUUCCCAGUUCUAGAAAGUCUGCAGAGAAUAAUGAACUAUGUAGUGGAGAAGAGAGCCUGGAGAGUGUCCCAGCAACAUUUUUUGAAAUGAGCAUGACUGGCCACAGCUACAGCAUCUAUAACAUAGUUUAUGCUAUGGCAUAUGCCUUACAUUUAAUGCACAUAAAGGAUGGGAAGACACAGGAAAGCAAGAAUGUGAAGUCCUGGCAGCUCCACUCAUUUCUGUGCUGGAAUUCAUUCAAUAACAGUGCUGGAGAUGAGAUCGUGUUCAAUGACCAUGGAGAACUAGCAAGUGGAUUUGAUAUUACAAACCUAGUCACUUUUCCAAACAACUCUUAUGUCCGCAUCAAGGUGCCUCCAAUCUCUGUCUGUAAUGACCACUGCAAGCCAGGAUACAGCAAGAAAAAGAAAGAGGGAGAGAAAUUUUGCUGCUAUGAUUGUGCUCCAUGUCCAGAAGGGAAGAUGUCAAACCAAGAGGACAUGGAACACUGUGUUGCCUGCUCAGAAGAUCAAUAUCCAAGCAGUAGUCAAGAUCAAUGCAUCCCCAAGAUCCAAAAUUUCCUCUCCUUGGCAGAACCUCUGGGCAUUCUGUUAGCCUGCUUGGCUCUCUUCUUUUUGCUGAUCACAGCUCUGAUGCUCGGAAUUUUCAUUAAGCACCAGAACACUCCCAUAGUCAAAGCCAACAAUCGCAGCCUCACCUACAUUCUUCUCACCUCGCUCCUUCUCUGCUUCAGUUGCUCUCUGCUAUUCAUUGGACAGCCAAAUGAGUUGACCUGUCUGCUCCGACAAACAUUGUUUGGAAUCAUCUUCUCAGUUGCUGUUUCUUCUGUCUUGGCAAAAACUGUGACAGUAGUUGUGGCUUUCAUGGCCUCCAAACCAGGAAGUAUUGUCAGGAAAUGGAUGGGGAAAAGAAUGAUGUAUUCAAUUGUCAUUUCCUGUUCUCUUGUUCAAGUAGGUAUUUGUAGUCUUUGGUUGAGUAUUUCUCCCCCAUUCCCAGAUCUGGACAUGGACUCAUCGAUGGAAAACAUCAUAGUGAAAUGCAAUGAAGGGUCAGUCACCAUGUUUUACUGUGUCUUGGGCUACAUGGGCUUUCUGGCCACCAUCAGCUUCACUGUGGCUUUCCUAGCCAGGAAGCUGCCUGACACUUUCAAUGAAGCCAAGUUCAUCACCUUCAGCAUGUUAAUCUUUUGCAGUGUCUGGCUGUCCUUUGUCCCGAGCUACCUGAGCACCAGAGGAAAAGACAUGGUGGCCAUGGAGAUCUUCUCCAUCUUGGCCUCCAGUGCUAGCUUACUGUGCUGUAUCUUUUCUCCCAAAUGCUAUAUCAUAAUACUGAGGCCUGAGUUGAACAGCAGAGAGCAGCUGUUAAAUUCAGCAACUACACCAGAUAUUGAAAUAUGGGCUGAAACAAUGUUGGACUUUGCUGACAAAGAUAGACAAGAAACAAAAGUGAAAAUAACUCAUGGUGGUAAUUCCUUAAAUGUAGGGAAUUUCCAGAAGAGAUAG